AUGAUGGACCUUUUUGAGACCAACACUUAUCUUUUCAACGAUUUGCGCUAUCUGGAGGAGGGGGAGCAUGGACCACUGCAGCACUUGGACAUGGCGGGGGUAUCUCCUCUGUACAACGGCAAUGACAGCCCGCUGUCACCGGGGCAGGAUAAUGUUCCGUCGGAGACCGGGGGGGAGAGCAGCGGGGAGGAGCACGUCCUUGCGCCGCCGGGGCUCCAGGCGCACUGCGACAGCCAGUGCCUCAUCUGGGCCUGCAAGAUCUGCAAAAGAAAGUCCGCGCCGACGGACAGACGCAAGGCCGCUACGCUCCGGGAGAGGAGGAGGCUCAAGAAGAUCAACGAGGCCUUCGACGCGCUCAAGAGGAAGACCGUGGCCAAUCCCAACCAGCGGCUACCCAAAGUGGAGAUUUUACGCAGCGCGAUAAACUACAUAGAGAAAUUACAGGACCUGCUGCAAACGCUGGACGAGCAAGAGAGAGCGCAGCAAAACGGCUCAUCUUACAAUUUUAACGUCAAAGAACAAAGUGAGGCCAAUCAGGACUACCAUUGGAAAAAGUCCUCUGAAACCUGGCAGACCGCAGCUGAGCAUUCCAGUGUUGCCCUGAUGAACCAGAGAGAGGGAACCAACGAGUCUUCUGCAUCAUCCAGUCUCCUGCGUCUUUCGUCUAUUGUGGACAGCAUCACCAGCGACAAGAAACCCAGCUUCAGCGAAGAAGUCUCCGAAAACUAAACUGUUGUUGGAGACACUGAAUAGACAAAGAAAGUGCCUUUUUAAUAUUUUCACAUUUCCAUUGUUUAUCACUAAAUUAUUUCCACCUUAUUCAGCCGCUAUGGCCUCUGUUUGUUAUGUAGUAGUCUCCAUUUGUACAGCACGAACAGCAACUGAGCUGCUCUUUCGCAGAUGAAAAUUUGAUAUGUACAUAUUUUAUAAUAUUGUGAUAUUUAAAUUGCUUAAUUUAUUUUGUAUUCAAAAGCA